ACAAAAAAAAAAUUAUAUCAAUACUAUAUCUUUUGCUCAUUGUGCUUCUUUGUUUAUUAUUAUAUCUAAACUUUAUAGGGUCAAACUUCUUCGGUAAAUCAUAUCAAUGAAAGAAACGUAAUGAACUAAAUUUGUUUUUAUUUUACAGGGGAAGACAUUUACAAUGGGAACAGCACAACACAACGGUAGAUUUGACGAAGCAGAAGAAGGAAUUGUACCUAGGGCAAUGGCAUACCUAUUUGAUUCUCUACAACAACAAACAUUUGAAAGACCACCAUCUUUUUUACCUACUUCAACAACUUCCUCAGUACCAAGACCUGCAUCUCCGACAUCUUCUGUCUCUUCUUCAACUACUUCUUUAUCAAAAGGAUCGCGAUUACGACCUAGAUCAAGACUUUCUCAUGUACCAGCUCCUACACCUACACCUUCUAGAAGUUCUCGAUUUUCUAUACCUUCUUCAUUCAAAUAUACAGUCAAGGUCAGUUUUGUCGAAAUUUACAAUGAAGAACUCAAUGAUUUACUCAAUGAUGCACCUCCUACUGAACGACCACCAAUCACCAUUCGUGAAGAUACAAAGGGACAUAUCUAUUGGACAGGUGUCAAAGAAGUCAAUGUCAAUAAUGCCGAUGAAGUAUUAUAUUAUCUGGAACAAGGAACAAAAUCUCGCGCUACUGGUGCUACCGAUAUGAAUGAAAAGUCAUCCAGGUCUCAUGCUAUUUUCUCUGUGACUCUACUACAAGAAAAGUCCUCCUCGACAACUAUACCGAUAAAUCGAUCCGAAUCUCCUUCACCUUUGAAUAUCAAACGAUCCAGUGUUAGACAGCCUCAUGAUGAUGGUGAUUCUUUAAUUACUACAUCAAAAUUUCAUUUCGUUGAUUUGGCCGGUAGUGAAAGGUUAAAGCGAACAGCAGCAGAAGGGGAUCGACGAAAAGAAGGUAUUAACAUCAAUGCAGGAUUACACGCUUUGGGUAAUGUCAUCUCAGCACUUGGUGAUUCAUCAAAACGUGGUACUCAUGUCCCUUAUCGUGAUUCCAAGUUAACUCGACUUUUACAAGAUUCGCUUGGUGGUAAUGCAACAACCCUUAUGAUAGCAUGUGCCAGUCCUGUAGAAUUCAACUUGUCUGAAACUCUCAACACAUUACAAUACGCCAAUAGAGCUCGCAAUAUUAAAAAUCGAUCUGAAAAGAACCAAGUCGAAGAAUGGAUGACAUCUGACAAUCUGGAACUUUUACGAACAAUGAUUGGAAGACUCAAAAAUGAAGUCAAAUAUUUGAAAUCUUCAACACAAGGAACAACAACUUCAUCGGUAGUUCAAGAUGAAUUUAGUGAAUAUGGUGAUAUUGAUAAUGACAUCGAUUUUGGACAGCAUGAUACUGAUCAACUAGUUCAAGAGCAUCGAAUGGUUAUUGCUGAUUUACAACAUCAAAUUGAAGAACUGGAUGGCGAAGCUAGUGUAACCAGGGAACGAAACAAGGUGGUGGAAGCUGAAUUACAACGUCUUCGAAAGCUAGAACAACUGCGUAAUAAGAAAGAGCAGGAAAACUUGGACUUUGAACACCUUGUGGAACCGGUGAUUGAAGAAUACGAAAAAAGCAUCGCAAAACUAGAAUCUGAACUCAGUGUGUCAAAGGCAGCUCUUCAUCAUUCAAAUAUGGGAUUGGACGAACUUCAAAAGAAAUGCGACGAUUUGCAACGGGUGCUGGAUCAUCAACAAGAAGCUAUGUCUGAACUACAAACACGAUUUUCCAAGAUUGUUGAACGUGAACAAAGCAAUGACGCAUAUAUUGAAGAACUAGAAUCAAAACUGGAACAAUCUGCAAAUGACUCUACUCGUGAUCAAGAUACUUUGAAUGAGCUUCGAAACAGAGUGAUCAAAUGGAAAGAAAAUGAGGAAAACACUGAACAUUAUAUUCAAGAUCUGGAACGACGACUGGCUAUUAGUGAAGAAAAGCAUACUCAACUUUCGGCAGCGUUGGAAAUUUUGGAACAACAACGUGCAGAACAAGAUAAUCUGAUUGUGGAUCUUCAACAACAGGUGAAAAAUGCUACUGAACGCAGCUCGACGCAACAACAGCUAAUACUGGAUGAAUUGGACAGCCUCAAUGAAAAAUACGUUCAUCUGGAAAAGGAUCGAGAUCAAUGGAGACUUCAAGUACAACAAAGUCAGCAAGUAAAUCAAGGGUUAAUAAACGGUACUUUGAACAACAGCAGCAGUAAUAGAACCAAUAGUAAUGAUAUCCAAUCUCUUUCCAACAGCAACGAUGACAACAAUGAAUCCAAAGGAAGAAAUGUAUUACCAAAGUCAAAUCGACGUAGUUUGGCUGACGAAAAAGAAACAUCGGCAUCAUAUGCUGCUUUGGCUAUCAAGGAGGCUAGUUUGCGUGCAGAUGAACAGGCUUCUCGAAUACGGAUGUUGGAGCAACAACUAGAACAACUGGGCAAGGAACAUAAGGAUACAAUCAAGGAGCUGGAUACCGUUAUGCAUCGUUAUGAAGAAGCUUUGGAGCAAGUAGAACAUUUGGAAAAUACAUCUAUUCUCACAACCACUGCAUCAACAAUGGCAACCACAGCAACACACCCAUCAUUAUCUUCUUAUUCAACUACAAGUACUUCCCAACCGUCUUCUCGAUCUUCCUCCUGUCAUGAAGGCUCUGAUGAUUAUCGUACAGGACUUGCAACACCAACAACAGCCUCUGUAUCAAUUGACACUAGUGAUCUUAAAAGCGACAUGGCCAUUCAUUCAUCUUCCAUGGGGUGCCUUUUAGAUCAAGAAAUGGAGCGAGCGCAAGAUCAAGAAAAGCGAAACAUUAUUACACAAUUGGAAAACGAAAUCAUCUCUUUAAACGACCAGUUGAAGGAACAGCAAAAAUGUUUGGAGGAUGUGCGUUUAGACAAUGAACAACAAACUCAUACACUUGAAACUUAUAUUGUCACUUUGAAAUCCACGAUUCAACGCCUAGAAACAGAGGGUGAAGAAGCUACAACGCUCAUACGAUCACUGAAGCAACUCACGGAAGAUCAUGAAGAAUUUGUCGAACGUACAGUAUUACAACUGGAUGAAGUGACAGCAUCCAACGACACACUUUUGAAGCAAUACACGGCAACACGGGCAGCUCUGGAUGCAUUAAAACAAAAACAUAGGUCUGUAGUAGGCGACCGAACAGAACUGACAAAACAACUACAGGAUGUACGACGAGAAUACGAAGAAUCUCUACAUCAUCAACAAGCUGAAUUGGAAACGGCAGCAACAGCAAUCUCAACAUCGACUGCAAUGGUGGAGACACAACAAGGAACUUAUCGGCAACAAGAAAGGGAAAUUGAGCGCUAUCGUCAACAAGUAGAUCAGCUAGAAGAGACCAUCCGCCUUCGUGAUCAACAACAUGCUUCCAUUUUGCAAGAAUUGACCGAGGCAAGGGAUACAUUGCAGCAGAUACAAGCGAAUCACAAGGACAAGAUGGAUAGUUUGAUGGCUUCUGCGCUUGAUGAUCAACAAAAACUGCAAGCACAGAUACAGAAAUUAGAACAAGAUGCACAAGACAAAGAUCAUCAACAUCAAUUGCAGCUGAAAGAGCUUGAUCAAAAACACACUUUAUUGCUGGAAAAGGAAAAGGCUGAUACUAUCAAGGAACUUUCACAAGCACACACUGAAUUUUUGGAAAAGGAAAAGGCUAACACAAUCCAUCAGGUGGAAUUAUCGUGGAAUGAACGACAAUCCGAGUGGGAAAAACGUAUACAACAGCUUGAACAAGAUGCCGUCGAUAAUGAUGAACGACACCAACUGACAAUAAAAGAACUCUCACUGGCCCAUACCGAACUUUUGGAAACAGAAAAAAAAGAUGCCAUCAACAAACUGGAAUCAUCAUGGAUCGAGCGACAAACCAAAUGGGAACAACGUAUAAAGCAAUUAGAGCAAGAAGCUGCAGACAAUGAUGAACAAUACCAAUCAAGGUUGGAAGAGCUUGCAAACACCCAUUCUGAUCUUCUGGAAAAAGAAAAAGCGGCUGCUAUCAAACAAUUGGAACUUAUAUGGAUGGAACGUCAAAGCAAAUGGGAAGAACGCAUACAACGACUGGAACAAGAGAUAUUAGACAAUGAUGAACGAUAUCAAGCAACCAUGAAGGAGAUGUCUCUAGUGCACUCAAAUACAUUGGAUAAGGAAAAAGCGGAAACUAUCCAACAACUUGAAGAUAUGGACAAGGAUUAUAAAAAUCAGCUUACAGUAUUGACAACCCACAAGACAGCAUUAGAAGAAAAAGUGACAUAUUUGGAGCAAACCUUAGCUAAAGCGAACAAUGAUCUAUUGGCAGCACAAACCAAUCUGAAAAACGCGGAAGAAGAUAUUGUGGAACUUGAAGAACUUUUACAAACAACGGAUAACCAUCUUGAAGAAAUGACAACAAGGGCAAAGGAUGCAGAAAACAACGUCAAUGACUUGGAAACUAUUCUUACGGAGGCUGUACAAGAAAAUGAAACCUUGGCUGAACAAUUGAAAAAAUUGGAAGAUCAAAUACAACAACAACAACAACAACAACAACAACAACAAGAAAGUCCAAUCAAGAAAGUUGGAACGGGGCAUCAAGAAUCAGAAGAACAACAAUUUAUAGAAAGGGAUCUUAUUGGACAAGAACCGACCACCCCUACUCCACAAUGUCAAGCAUCUCAUUUGGAAAUGGAAAAUGCAGCGCCAUCAGCAAAUAUCCAAACAAAGAAGGUCGAUCCUGUCCAGUUACUUGUAUCAUCCGCAUCAACAACAAACCAAGGAUCAUCAGUGGAAUUAUCAGUAGAAGUAGCAACAAAAGAAGCACAAGAAAGAGUCAAACAUGCUGAACACUUAUGUCAACAAUUAGAAAAGGACCAGGAGCUAAUGAAUCAUCAACUCAAAGAAGCAUUGACUAAGGUGGCACUUCUUGAAAACCAACUAUCAACGACAAGUCAACAGCAUAAAGAAGCAUUGAUGGAAGCUCAAUCAAAUCUGAACAUCAUGGAACAAGACUUUGUACAGUCAAAGCAGGACCAAGAAACGACCAUCAAAGAACUGGUAGAAACUCAUCAAAGACGUAUUGAACAAAUUGAAUCGGAACGUGAUACAGCAAACCAACAGUAUUUGGAAGCGCAGGCGCAAUGGAAAGAAACUAAGGAAUUGCUCCAAAAGACCAUAGAACAACAACGACAGCUUGAUGAUGAUAGGCUCUUACAGGAUAGAAAAGUACAAUCACAACACGAGGAUCAGUUAUCAGCAUUACAGCAGCAACAUGAAGAUCAAAUAUCACUACUACAGCAACAGCACCAUAACGAUUUAUCGGUACUACAACAAAAGUACGAUGAUUUAUCCUCAACAAAUCAAAUGGAAUCAUUACAAACAAAAUUGAAUGCAACGGAAAAAAAAUUGGAGCAAUCACCAUCCAAUAGCAUCGAAAUGAUAACAACGGAAGAAAAAUCAAGGCAAGAAUGGCAACGUAUUGUGGAAGAAAACGAAGAAUACGCCGAACUGACGAAGACAUUGGAACAAGAAUUGGAUAGAGUGACACAAGAAAUGAACAAAUUAGUUAUUGAGGUUGGUGACAAUGAAAUCACUCUACAAGAUCAAGCAGCACGUAUUCAACAAUUGGAAAAGACAUCAACAGGAGAAUUGACUCUAAAGGCAGAAUAUCAAGAAAAGAUGGAUGCAUUGAAAAAAGAACAUGUGACUGAUUUGGAACGACAACUCAAUGAACAAGCAGCACUCCAUCGAGAUCAGGUACAAGCCUUGGAACAGGUGACUCGGGAACAGCAAGAUGCGUGGAAUCAAGAUAAACGACAAAAGGACAAAUUAACACAACAAGUCAAGUUAUUGGAAGAAAAAUUAGAUUUAUUAUUACAAGAAAAAAAGAAGUUUUUGUGUUUUUGAUUACCUCCCCCUUUUUUUUUAUUAUUUCAAUAAAUGGAUGUUUUAUUUUUUUUUUUUUUGAAAUAGUUAUGUCC